GCAAGAGGUAACACUCGCGUCUCAUUCUCCCGUUCUUGGGGGGCAAUCGCGAAUCGCGCUCCUCGCGGUAGCGGUCGAUUACCCGGCUCCGCCCAGAUCCGCCGCGGCUGCGCUCCAGUUCCCUGUCGCGUGCGUAGGGCUCCUCGUCCCUCCCUCUAUCCCCGGCUGUGUACGGACUGGGGAUCGGGGAUCCCUCCGGACCGGGAUAGGAUUUUCGUUUUGCUGGCGAGGAAGGGAGCUUCCCCCGAUAGAUGUGCCCUCCGAUACCCUGGAUUUCGUCCGUGGCGAGUGGCUACCGCUUGUGCUCCUUUUGUGACAGCUGAAUCUUUGUGGUUCGAAGGCGAUUGACUUGGGUUCACUGACGCGGUGACGCCCAAUGAGCUCCCACGUCUCCACAUCGCGGGGUCUUCAUCCCCCAGGCAAGCUUGGGACGUUGGACUCACCCGGUGCGUGGCAGCCGCCAGCACCUAUGGCUCAGCCCGAAGCAGGCCGCGGUGAUGACCAGGAGGUCAGGCUGUUGUCGGUUGCUUGGAAUCAGGAUUGUGGAUGCUUUGCUGCCGGUACCAGUAACGGAUUCAGGAUCUUUAAUUGCGAGCCUUUCAAGGAGACUUUCAGGAGGGAUCUCAAGAGCGGCGGGUUCGCGAUUGUCGAGAUGCUGUUCCGUUGCAACGUCCUUGCUCUUGUAGGUGGUGGCUCCAAUGUGCUGUACCCGCCGAACAAGGUGAUUAUCUGGGACGAUCUCCUGAGCCGUUGCAUUGGGGAGUUCGCCUUUCGCUCUGAUGUCCGAGCUGUAAAAUUAGCAAAGGACUACAUCGUGAUUGUCCUCGAGCGCAAGAUAUUUGUCUACAACUUCACCGAUCUGAAGCUGCUCUACCAGAUUGACACCCUGUCAAAUCCCAAUGGACUUUGCUGCCUCUCUCAUCAUUCCAAUACUUCAGUGUUGGCCUGCCCUGGGUUGCACCAGGGGCAUGUUCGCGUGGAGCAUUUCGGGCUGCAGAUGGUGAAGACAAUCCCAGCUCACGAUUCACACAUCUCUUGCAUGUCACUGACAAUGGAUGGUCUCCUGCUGGCAACAGCGAGCACGAAGGGCACUUUGAUUAGAAUAUUCAACACAAUGGAUGGCACUCGUCUACAAGAGGUACGCAGAGGGCUUGACAAAGCAGAAAUAUACAGCAUUGCAUUGUCGCCCAAUGUGCAGUGGUUGGCAGUGUCCAGCGACAAAGGGACUGUUCAUAUUUUCUCCCUGAGAGUCAGAGUUGCUGGAGUGGAUUCAAGCAAUGAGCAACGCGCUCUUGAAGGUCCACGGAUGGAUCACCAGAACUCUUCCAGUUCUAUUGAUCCUCUUAUUCAGGCGAACACUGGAUCCAAUGCUAGUUCAUCACUGUCUUUUAUGAGAGGGAUCCUGCCGAAGUAUUUCAGUUCAGAGUGGUCAUUUGCUCAGUUCCAUUUACCAGAAGUCACUCGUUACAUAGUAGCCUUUGGUGCCCAGAAUACUGUGAUGAUGGUUGGCCUGGAUGGCAGCUUCUACAGGUGCAGCUUUGACCAAGCGAAUGGAGGGCAGAUGUUGCAGAGGGAACAUUUCCGGUUUCUCAAGUCCGACAGCCCACCUUUCAGGACUGCAGCCGCUUGACCUGCAGCACAAGGAUCAUCCAUCCCACCAUGUAAAUGUCGAAGGUCCACUGUACAUAUCGCCUUCUCGCCGGCGAAGUUAUAGGCAGCCGGAAUAAGGAGAGCUGGCUGUUGGAUCGAAGCCUACAGGAUUCCAACGUUCGGAUCGGCGCCCCGUCCAAAUUGCAGGCAUUUCUUUGCCGUUCCCUCUUCUAUCUUCAAACGAGAACACACACCCAUUGCUGGUACAGAACAUGACAUAAAAGAUUCAGUAACGUGAUAUUUGACCGUGUGGCUUUGUGGUGCCUGCAAGGCCGUGUAGCGAAUCUCAGACCUGUUCUUGCCGGUGGCUUGUUGAUGCUGAUGACUGUUACGCACUACCUCAAUGUUCUUUCUGCAUGUUGUGCGAUUGCGUUGCUGAUUGCAUGAAGGGCCUUCUUAUAUGCUUA